UGCUCUCAGACCCCUCGUCUCCCGAGGCCUGGCUCCAGAACCCGCCCGACACCACGAGCGCAUCCCGCCAAGCUCCUCCCGAGCCAUUCAUUGAGCGCUCCGUCUUUUACUAGAACCCGAGGCCCCCGCCUCCUUCAGCUCCGCCGCGGACGACGCCAUGGAGAAGAGCAGCGAAACCAACGGCUACCUAGACGGCGUGCAGGCUGGGCCUGCGUCCCGCACGCAGAUCACCUACCUGGCCUUCCCCGGCGAGAUGCUGCUCCGGAUGCUGCGCAUGAUCAUCCUGCCGCUAGUGGUCUGCAGUCUCGUGUCGGGCGCCGCCUCCCUCGACGCCAGCUCCCUCGGACGCCUGGGCGGUAUCGCCAUCGCCUAUUUCGGCCUCACCACGCUCGGCGCCUCGGCCCUUGCCGUCGCCUUGGCGUUCAUCAUCAAGCCUGGGUCUGGCGCGCAGACCCUAAAGUCCAGCGACCUUGGGCUAGAGGAUUCGGGGCCCCCUCCAAUCCCCAAAGAGACAGUGGAUUCUUUCCUCGACCUGGCCAGAAACCUGUUUCCUUCAAACCUUGUGGUUGCAACUUUUCGAACGCAUGCGACUGACUACAGCCAGGUGGCCCGCAACACGAGCUCCGGGAACAUAACCCUCGAAAAGAUCCCCGUUGGCACCGAGAUCGAAGGGAUGAACAUUUUAGGAUUGGUCCUUUUUGCCCUGGUGUUAGGAGUGGCCCUAAAGAAACUAGGCUCCGAAGGAGAAGAGCUCAUUCGUUUCUUCAAUGCCUUCAACGAGGCGACGAUGGUGCUGGUGUCGUGGAUUAUGUGGUAUGUACCUGUGGGCAUCACGUUCCUGGUUGGAAGCAAGAUUGUAGAAAUGAAGGACAUCAUCACACUGGUGACCAGCCUUGGGAAAUAUAUCUUUACGUCUAUAUUAGGCCAUCUGAUUCAUGGAGGAAUUGUUCUGCCACUUAUUUAUUUUGUUUUCACACGAAAAAACCCAUUCAGGUUCCUCCUGGGCCUCCUCACACCAUUUGCAACAGCAUUUGCCACCUGCUCCAGCUCAGCAACCCUUCCCUCCAUGAUGAAGUGUAUUGAAGAGAACAAUGGCGUAGACAAGAGGAUCAGCAGGUUCAUUCUCCCCAUCGGGGCCACUGUGAACAUGGACGGAGCAGCCAUCUUCCAGUGUGUGGCCGCCGUGUUCAUUGCCCAGCUCAACAACGUAGAGCUGAAGGCAGGACAGAUUUUCACGAUUCUAGUGACAGCUACGGCGUCCAGUGUUGGAGCAGCAGGCGUGCCGGCUGGAGGGGUCCUCACCAUCGCCAUUAUCCUGGAGGCCAUUGGGCUGCCCACUCAUGAUCUCUCUCUGAUCCUGGCUGUGGACUGGAUUGUGGACCGUACCACCACCGUGGUGAACGUGGAAGGGGACGCCCUGGGCGCGGGCAUUCUCCACCACCUGAAUCAGAGGGCGAUGAAGAAAGGGGAGCAGGAACUGAGCGAGGUGAAAGUGGAAGCCGUCCCCAACUGCAAGUCAGUGGAGGAGACGUCACCUUUGGUGACGCACCAGAACCCCGCUGGCGGCCCCGCUGCCGGUGCCACAGAACUGGAAUCCAAGGAGUCGGUUCUGUGAUGGGGCUGGGCUUCCAGCUUGCCUGCCAGCGGUAGUACCUGACCUGUCAGUCCAGCCACCGGACACCGGGCACUGCCCUCACUGACUUUAGCCUCCAGGCAAUGAGUUGGCCCAAUCACCGGUUUGAGGGUCACUUCUCAGCACAGGUGUUGGGCUUCCCUGCCAGAACUGGUUCCUGACGACUAGGACACUCUGACUUCAGCUUGAUCCCUGUCUAGAUGCAACUGUGUGAGCACCAGCUUCUGUUUGAAACAUGCCCUCGAGCUGCCAGGCUCAGGGAAAUAACAGGCUUGCAGGGACCUGAUGGUCAAAGCUUGGGGAAAUGCGGAUGUGCCCUUUAUUGCACCUAGUCCCUCUGCAUUGGGUACUUUCUGGGCAAACCGAGGGGGGCUUGCAAUCAUCUGUCAUAUUGCCUUGCGAGCCACAGUGAUUGGAAAUAUUCCCAAAUUCUUAGCCUUGGCUGGAAUUCGCUGAGCUGGGACUUUGGGUGUUAGAGUCUGUGCUACAACUGGGUGCAGCUGGCUUCUGGUUCAAGGGUUGCUGGGGGGCUGGUGGUGCUGCACAUUGUCAAGUUAGGAAUACUCCAGAUGGUGUUAGCACUGCUAUGUUCUCUGGUCAGUGGCACUGAGUAAACAGUAUAAAUUCUGAGGUCAAAGAAAGGUGGGGGAAUGCAGCCUACAGAGGGAAGGGAAGCAACCUAACUAGGAUAGGGGACACAAACACACACACGCACGCGCACACACAAAUGUCCCCAUUCUCCUCCCAGCCUUGGGGUAGUUUUCAGCUUCUAUCACCUGGGCCUCACAACACUAUCCCCAUCCACUCUGAUGUGGCAAUGGGACAGAGAGAUGUCUCUUCUUCUAGGGAGGUGUGAUGUGGUCAUCACAUUCAGGACCCUGAUUGGUUUAUCAAUCUAUUAUUUCAGUUCAACUAGACCAUCCCUAAAAUAAUGCAUUCUUGCAAAAAAAAUAAAUAAAUAAAGUUAAAAUUAAACAAUACAAACCUAUUCACUAACUGGGGUAGACUACCCCCAUUCCCAGGUCCCCAGACCCCCUGGCUUUGGCUGAUUUCCAUAGACUUGAUUUCCUUUCCUGCCAGUACAUCAGAGUUUAAAGUAUAAGCCAGAUUCCAUGUUCCUCCAGAUACCUACUGACUUGGUUUGAAUCCAGGUGAAGGGCCUUUAUAGAGAAGAUCAGUAUGGCCAGUGACAGGGAAGACCUAAAAGGUACAAGACUGCUAUGGUACUGUGGCUGUUAGUGUGGAUCCAUGGUGUGACCUGCAGUGAGUGCUGGGCCUCGCUUUACUCCAUUUGUAAAAUGGGGCUGAUGUCACCUGCCUCUUACCUACCUCUAUGGGAUUUGGUGAGGUAAACUGAGUGAAUCUGUGAAAACGACCAUUUCACUUCUUGGAUAUCAAGUGCUAACACCCCUACUCAUGUUUUUUUCACCUAAGUGAUACCUCUUUCCACGGAGACCUCUGUCUCGGGUGAAGAUAACUUUUCCAAGCAGGGCUUUGUUCUCUGUGUGCAUAGCCCCGUUUAUCACGCCGCUCAUUCUCUUUGUAGUUCCUUGAUGGCAUCAAAGGCAGCCUCUUCCCAAUGUCCUCCAAGUGUUCCUGAAUUAACCACCUCACCUUUCAUUGCAUUUCCUGGUACCCAACUUCCCCGUGACUCCCAGACCCAGGCACUGUUUCUACCACACCUCAACAGACCAUCAAAGCUCCCAAACUUUCACCCUCAUUCAUUCCUUUGUUUUCCCUGUUGCUAUGGUUUUGCUGUCACCCAGGCCCUGCAGAAGGGGAACACACCAUUAUGAUGUGCGUCCCACUGCAAUGAGUAUGGGUGGAUAGGACAGAGACGGUCAAGCUCCUCCGUUAUAAAAUCAGAGGGCCUUGCCUGAACAGAAGGGGUGGGGUGGGCAGGAGCCAUAGGGCACAGAGCUGACCCAGCUCCCUCCAAAUCUUUAAACCACUUGCCUCUCGUGCAAAGUCUGGAGUGACCAAACCAGGAACUGAGCUGAGAGGUAUCUGGAAACCUUUACCCACUGGCAAGAGUUUGCUGAUAUCCUUCUGUUUUCAAAGGGGGAGACAAUCACAUUGAUUCCAAACUACAAAUGAACAUUCACUGUUUUUCAGGCUAUUUCAUCUUUCCCUCUUCCACAUAUAUAUGGCUAUAUGUGCAUAUACAUAUGUGCGCACGUGUGUGUGUGUGUUCUUUGAGCUCCAAUCCAAGCAAGUUUGAGUUUGGAUAGAGGUGAAUUAACUGCAGGUUGCAUGGCUUUGGCAUCCUGAUUUUCCUGUUUCUAAUGGUGAAUUUCACAAAACACGGGAAUUGGAGCUGGACAGUAAGACCCAGUGACUGCACAUCGUUCAUGCUGGACCUGGAAAUGCAGUACAGACAGUGCCAGGGCCUGAAGGGGGUUCUUCCCUAUGGUGAUAAUUCACCUUCCCCUGGGAGGGAGAAGGUACUGUUUUUCUCCCUGUUUCUCAGUCCACAAGAGGAACCAGACCAGGAGGGACCCAGCUGGGGAAAUCCUACUUUCUCAUAGUCUGAAGAUGUUUCCCCACCGUUCUCUUGUAACACGUUGUAAAUACUGUUCAAGUGCUGUACAUCUGUGACUGUUUUGUAUGCCUGACAUUUGCCUUAAACAUAGCAGUCUUCAAAAAAUGAAUACAGUGUUUCUACUAGGAUCUA